UUUGAUGAAAAAGAAAAUGUUUCUUCUGUAAACAACGCAAAAAAUUCGGUUGCCAAAUUGCUGCGCAACAAAAUCACAGAGGAUAACAGUGUCAUCAAAGAAUAUAUAGACGAAAUAUUACCUAGAAAGGAAAUUCUUCACUUUGUCAAGUGGCAAGUUAUUAUUAUGCUUAUUUUUAGCCAUGAGCAUAUUGAAUUAUAUGCUAAUAACCAAGGAGAAGUCAUCUUUUUUCGGCAGCGUGACGGGCCUUUCAUGCCUUCUCUUAAGCUCUUGCAUAAAUAUCCUUUUAUGCUUCCCCAUAUGCAAGUUGAUCGUGGGGCGAUAAGAUUCGUGCUUAAUGGCUCUAAUGUUAUGUGCCCUGGCUUGACCUCACCUGGUGCGAAAAUGACACAAGUUCCUGAAAAUUGUGUUGUAGCUGUUACUGCGGAAGGCAAGCAGCACGCACUUGCUCUUGGGAUAACAAAGAUGUCCUCAGAAGAUAUGUAUGUUUCCUGGGGUCCAUUUCGAAAAAUUAUUUUUAUCUAUCGUUCUCCAGACCUUAUAGCUUCUCCUCGUCUAAUCACUCAUUAA